AUGCAUUGUUUCGUGGCUUACUUAGCUCAUGCCAAUGCCAAAAACAUCUCCACAGAUCAAUCUGCUCUUCUCGCAUUCAAAUCCCUCAUUACUUCAGACCCCAAUGAUAUGUUAGCUAAUAAUUGGUCAACCUCCUCUUCUGUAUGCAGUUGGGUUGGUGUCACUUGUGAUGAGAGACACCAUAGAGUCCACAGCUUGACUCUCCGAAACAUGAGUCUUAGUGGUACAAUUUCUCCAAAGUUGGGGAAUCUGUCUUUCCUUGUUAUACUUGACAUCUCUCGUAAUAACUUUAGUGGUCAGUUUCCCAAAGAGAUAUGUCGGUUGCGCCGAUUAAAGUCUCUUGAUUUAAACUAUAACUGGUUUGUUGGAGGAAUUCCUGAAGCGUUGGGGGACUUAUCACGACUUCAAUAUUUGUAUCUUGGUGUAAACAAUUUUAGUGGUUUUAUCCCCCAAUCUAUUGGUUAUCUUCGUCAGUUGAUAUAUUUUGAAAUUGGUCACAACAAGAUGUAUGGACCCAUACCUCAAACAAUUUCAAACAUGUCUUCACUUAAAUAUAUUGGUUUAUCUUCUAACUACUUUUCAGCUCAUGCCAAUGCCAAAAACAUCUCCACAGAUCAAUCUGCUCUUCUCGCAUUCAAAUCCCUCAUUACUUCAGACCCCAAUGAUAUGUUAGCUAAUAAUUGGUCAACCUCCUCUUCUGUAUGCAGUUGGGUUGGUGUCACUUGUGAUGAGAGACACCAUAGAGUCCACAGCUUGACUCUCCGAAACAUGAGUCUUAGUGGUACAAUUUCUCCAAAGUUGGGGAAUCUGUCUUUCCUUGUUAUACUUGACAUCUCUCGUAAUAACUUUAGUGGUCAGUUUCCCAAAGAGAUAUGUCGGUUGCGCCGAUUAAAGUCUCUUGAUUUAAACUAUAACUGGUUUGUUGGAGGAAUUCCUGAAGCGUUGGGGGACUUAUCACGACUUCAAUAUUUGUAUCUUGGUGUAAACAAUUUUAGUGGUUUUAUCCCCCAAUCUAUUGGUUAUCUUCGUCAGUUGAUAUAUUUUGAAAUUGGUCACAACAAGAUGUAUGGACCCAUACCUCAAACAAUUUCAAACAUGUCUUCACUUAAAUAUAUUGGUUUAUCUUCUAACUACUUUUCAGGAGAAAUUUCAAAAUGGAUAUCGGGUGAUCUUACACAGCUGCAAGCAUUGUACCUUCACAAUAACCAGUUUUCAGGAAACGUAUCGUCCAUAUUCAAAUUCAACAGCUCAAUAUUGCAAGAUUUGUAUCUUAGGUAUAAUAAUCUGUCUGGUAAUCUUCCGUCAAAUAUUUGUCACAGACUUCCAAAUCUUAGAAUUUUUGAUAUUAGUGAUAAUGAUCUUUCUGGUGACAUACCGACUAUUUGGCAUCAAUGCGAAGAGUUGUUGGGAUUAGAUCUUUCAUUCAAUAGUUUCAACAAAGGACCCAUACCAGAAGGCAUCAUGAACAUGGCCAAACUUCAAAAUUUAUUUCUUAUUGGCAACAAUUUGGAGGGUUCUAUACCUGAGGAGAUUGUCUAUCUUGAUAAACUUGAGCUUCUAAUAUUGUCUGUUAAUAACUUAAGUGGAACUAUUCAUUCCAAAAUCUUCAACAUGUCAUCGUUAACACAUUUGGAGCUUGAACGAAAUAGUCUCUCAGGCACAAUCCCAUCAAAUACGGGAUUCCUUCCUAACCUGCAAAAACUACACUUGAAUCAUAACAAAUUUGUUGGAAAUAUUCCAAAUAGUAUUUUCAACUCUUCUAAUCUCGUUGAAUUUGAAGCGGUUGACAAUGAAUUUAGUGGAACUCUACCCAAUAAUGCUUUUCGGAAUUUAAGGUUGCUCGAUUCGUUUAUCAUAAGUUUCAACAAUUUGACAAUCGACGAUCCUCUUCAAUUCUUUACUUCCUUGACAAAUUGUAGAUAUUUGAAAAUUCUAGACAUAUCGAGAAAUCCUAUAUCAUCAAAUCUUCCUAAGUCAAUUGGAAACAUAACUUCAACUUAUUUUGACAUGGAUUUAUGUGGAAUUGAUGGUAGUAUUCCCCUAGAAGUUGGAAACAUGAGCAACUUGCUACAACUUUCUCUACCUGGGAAUAAUAUAAAUGGACCAAUACCGGUCACAUUAAAAGGAUUACAAAAACUUCAGUAUUUGGAUCUUAGCAACAAUGGACUACAAGGAUCAUUUAUUAAAGAGCUUUGUGGAAUUGAGAGGUUGAGUGAGUUAUAUCUACAAAAUAAUAAGCUAUCUGGUGUUUUGUCACCAUGUUUGGGAAAUAUGACUUUUCUUAGAAAUUUGGACAUAGGAUCUAACAAUUUUAACUCUAGGAUUCCUUCGUCUCUUUGGAGUCUUACAUAUAUCUUAAAGUUAAAUUUGUCCUCUAAUGGUUUCAGUGGUAAUCUUCCACCUGAGAUUGCAAAUUUGAGAGCAAUUACAUUAUUAGAUCUAUCUAGAAAUCAUAUUUCAAGCAACAUUCCUGAAACCAUCAGUUCCUUAAAAACUUUGCAGAAUCUCUCCUUAGCCGAUAACAAACUGUAUGGAUCAAUUCCCACAUCACUUGAUGAAAUGGUAAGCUUGAUCUCCUUGGACUUGUCUCAAAAUAUGCUAACUGGUGUUAUUCCAAAAUCCUUAGAAUCACUUUUGUACCUUCAAAACAUCAACUUCUCAUACAAUAGAUUGCAAGGAGAGAUUCCUUAUGGUGGAGCUUUCCAAAAUUUGACAGCUCAUUCUUUUAUGCAUAAUUUAGCACUUUGCGGAAAUCCCCGCCUCCAAGUACCACCUUGUGGUAAACAAGAUCAGAAAAUGUCAAUGACAAAGAAGAUAAUACUCAAAUUCAUACUUCCCAUAGUUGUGUCAGCCAUUUUGGUUGUUGCAUGCAUCAUAUGUUUUAAACUCAGAAGAAAAAAUGUUGAAAAUACUUUUGAAAGGGGUUUAUCAGCAUUAGGAGCUCCAAGAAGAAUAUCAUAUUAUGAACUUGUGGAAGCAACAAAUGGAUUCGAAGAGAGCAAAUUACUUGGAAGGGGGAGCUUUGGUUCUGUGUAUGAGGGGAAGCUUCCUAAUGGUGAGAUGAUUGCAGUUAAAGUAAUUGAUUUGCAAUCUGAGGCAAAAUCAAAGAGUUUUGAUGUAGAAUGCAAUGCAAUGAGAAAUCUACGACAUCGAAAUCUGGUUAAGAUUAUCAGCAGUUGUUCAAAUCUUGAUUUCAAAUCAUUGGUGAUGGAGUUCAUGUCAAAUGGAAGUGUAGACAAAUGGUUAUAUUCAAAUAAUUGCUGUUUAAAUUUCUUGCAAAGGUUAAAUAUAAUGAUAGAUGUUGCAUCCGCAUUGGAGUAUCUCCAUCAUGGUUCUUCAAUACCUGUGGUUCAUUGCGAUCUAAAGCCUUCUAAUGUCUUGUUGGAUGAAAAUAUGGUUGCACAUGUUAGUGAUUUUGGUAUUGCCAAGCUCAUGGACGAAGGACAUUCUAAAACUCAUACACAAACUUUGGCAACUAUCGGAUACCUUGCACCAGAGUAUGGAUCUAAAGGAAUUGUUUCUGUCAAAGGAGAUGUGUACAGCUAUGGGAUUAUGCUAAUGGAAAUCUUCACCAGAAGAAAGCCAACAGAUGAUAUGUUUGUUGCAGAACUAAGUUUGAAAUCAUGGAUCAAUGAAUCAUUGCCUAAUUCAAUUAUGAAGGUCUUGGAUUCAAAUUUAGUCCAACAAAUUGAGGAAGAAACUGAUGAUAUAUUGAUUCAUAUGUCAUCUAUUUUUGGUUUAGCUUUGAAUUGUUGCGAAUAUUCACCGGAAGCAAGAAUUAAUAUGACAGAUGUUAUUGCGUCGCUAAUAAAAAUCAAGACUUCAGUGUUUAGGGUAAACAUGGUGUAG